GACUCGCGCUCACUAUAAUAAAGGGACAUUUACGAGGCGCGGUACAGACAACGCGUCAAACAAGCUAUAGCGCGAAGAAAAAAGGGGGGCAACAAAUAUAAUCAUUACCGGCUGAGAACUCGGACGCUUUUGAAAUAACAAGUGAAGAAAUUGGUAAAGGAGAAAACGCCUAAGGCUGUCCAUCCAACCAUUCAGAUAUACAUUCUUGUUGGACUUCCAUAUACACAUAAACCACACUAAAAAUGUCUGCUCCAGCCCCAGCCGGUGCCCCAGAUGGAGCGACUCAGCCUCCCAACCUCACCAGCAAUCGCCGUCUGCAGCAGACACAGGCUCAGGUCGAUGAGGUGGUGGACAUUAUGCGCGUGAAUGUCGAUAAGGUCCUGGAGAGGGACCAGAAGCUCUCAGAGCUGGACGACCGUGCUGAUGCUCUUCAGGCUGGGGCCUCACAGUUUGAGACCAGUGCUGCCAAGCUCAAGAAUAAGUACUGGUGGAAAAAUGCCAAGAUGAUGAUAAUCUUGGGAGUGAUAGGGGUCAUCGUCCUCAUCGUUAUCAUUGUCUACUUCAGCUCCUAAGAAGGGCGGCUCCUACCCCAGGCUGCACUCCAGACCUCCCAAUUUCCAGAAGAUUCUACGAGAAAGAAAGAGAAGAGAGAUGAGGAUAAAAUGACUACUACUACCACCACCACCACCUCUACUACCACCACCACUACAACUACAACUCACAACCGAUCCCCCUGAAGAAUCUGAAAAUCGUCCCACCUACCUGGCCCCCCGACCCCUCGGCCUCCACUGCCUCACAUUCGGACCUUCGUCAAUCUUCGUCCUGUGAGUGUGUGGCCAGUGUAUCCUCUGUAAAUAUAACUUGCUUUUCUUAUAUAUUGUUCAUACUCCAACUCCAGUAGCUCUGGUUGUUAUGCCAAUGGCAACAAUGUGGAGGGAAAAAAAAGAGAGAAAAAGACCCCGCCGAUUAUUGCUGUACACCUGAUGUGAUACAUAUAUAUAUAGAUAUAUAUUGUUCUUUGUAGAGUUUUAUUCUGAUAUAAUGUUUUUUGUAGGUUGUGUGUGCGUGGGUGUGGAUUUGUAUUUUUUUUAUUUUUCUAUUAAUUUACUUAAUGCUUCUAACCGGAACUACUGCCUAUUGUUCAAAGUCUGUAUAACUUGCAAGUUCUUUCUUUUUUCUGUUUUUCUCUGUGACUUGCAGAGUCUGAGUGUAUCAUUGCACAUGGGGAGCAGCCUCCCUUGUAAGAGGAAUUUGAGCAUUCACCAUUCAGAUGUGUUUUGCUACUCUCUCUUUCUCUUGCCUGUUAGUGCAUACUGUAUGUUCUCUGCCUUUGUUUCUGCCAGCAUUCUUUCUUUCUUCUUUCUUUUUUUCUCUGUCUUUCUGUCUUUUAUUUCAUCUUAUUUGUCUUUCUGUCUGUCUAUCUUUCUUUCUUUCUUUCAACCAUGCUCUUAAUCUUACUCUUGUAUGAACUGCCACAGUAGAGCUGGACCAAUGUCUGUAGACUUGAUUUGUUUUUUUAAUGUCUUUAGUGUCUUAUCUCUUAAACAUUCCUUCAUAGCAGUGUAGUAAUAUACUGUCUAUAUUGCUAAACACACAAUAUGUGUGUGCAGAUAUUUUUAAAUAAUCAGGCUUACAGAAGUAAACUUCUAUACUAUCGCCAAAAUGCAGAGUAGUGAAAGCCAGGAGCAGGGAUGGUUAAGGCAAAAAUAUAAACCAAGACAAUAAUUGGUUAAUGUCUUUGUAUUAUUUGCAGAAUUUUAUCUAUUCUCUCAUAAUGUAGCACAAACACGAGAGUUAAUAGCAAAAAUGUAUAUUGCCGCAUUAUAACCAAUGCUCUAGUGCUCUGUAGAGGUUCAAAAUUAAAUAUAUAUAAUAUAUAUAUAAAAUAGGCUAUUUAUGUGAGGUAAAGAAUUUUAAGUAAGUUGCUGUCUUUAUCUCACAACUGGGCUAACUCUUAUUGCUUACUGCCAGCGAAAUUCCAUUUUCUACAUUUUUUAUGUUGGGGGGGUUGUUGUUGGCCUAGGGGAAGUUAUCAUGCACAAUAACCUUGUUUUUGACAGCGCUUUCUGACUGGUUUGAUUCAGUGACUGUCUUCAGACUGAGAAAGAACCUUGUGCAGCUCCCAUCUAGCAGGCCUUUUAGGAACUCAUGCUCUAUUGCUAAUUCAACCAGAUUAUGGCACCAGGAUGCCCCCACAAAAUUACCUUGGCAUGCUCAUGGGAAAGACAACCACAAUAUGGGUAAAAUGUAUCCUUAUGACAUCGCCUUUCCUAUUAGUGUCUACAAGGAUUUUACAAACGACUCAAAAGCACACGUACAAUUGGGUCCUUAUGCUACUGCUUUAUAUGCUGGUACAGUACAAGCCUGUUGCUACUGCCAUGGUUCUCUCUCUGAUUCUUGUUAUGGUUAUUCUCUCUAGAUACUGCCUUUUUCUUUUUUUACUUAGAGACAGAUUAUAUUUGUAUAUUGAAUAUAUUUUUGUGUGUAAGAAGCGGACAGGGCGGGGGGCGGCUUCAUUCAGGACUCAAACGCUGCCUCUGCGGCAACACUGUGCCCCUGCCCUAUCUGUCUUUAUGUCUGUCUGUCUGUCAGUUAAAGCGCUGUAGAUUAUACACUGCCAAGCAACUAGGGAGAUUCGAUCUUCUGUUCUAAACUGCUGUCUUACUUUUCUUGUUGUUCAUUCUGUGCCCUUACCGGUUUGCUCUUAGUGGUUUGCUCUUGCGCGCGUGCUCCAACCCCUUUCCCCAUUAGGAUCCAUUCCUCCCGCUAAUGACUUAAGCUGCCUGCCUUGAAUGAAUCAAUGAGAAGGUGUGAAGCUCCACCUGAUCUGAUUUAGAAGACUCAGGUGCUUGUCUCACCCAUGAGAAGACCUCAAUCCUUAUAGAGAAGACGGGGAGGCCAUAUUGUAAUGUUUUGCGAUGUCUUUGCUUAGCAUGGCCAGUUUAUUCGGUGUGUCCUUGUACGUGUACUUGUGUGUCUCCUAGGUGUAUGUUUGUUUGUUUGUGCGUAUGUGUGUGUAUGUGUGUUGUUGGUGAACUUCUGGCCCCUUGCAGAAUAUCCCUGGUUUAUCCCCACAGAUUAGGCCGCUUAGAAUUGAGGUGAAUGCAAGCUGCCCCAAUUACAGUCACUCAAGGACUGAGAGGGAGAGAGCUGGCUGUUAGGCGUGACGGAGAGGAAAGUAUGAGGCUGUCGUCAGUCCUCAGGUGUGCAUCUCUGUCACAGGAAGGCUUUUUGUGCUCCUUCAUAAACUCUCAUUGAUUCACACAAUGCAGGCAGAGGAGGUAUGUCUGAGAGAACAUGUUGAGACAACUCACCUGAACUCAAGUCAAGAUGUUUCUCUGGGAUAUUCACCCUUUAACUCAUCACUUCAAAUGACUCUCUCUUUGAUUAGAACAAAAGAGAUGGCCUUAGAACAUUUCAUUUGUCAUCAUCAUCAUCAUCACACUUCUCUUUGUCAUACCUUAUCCCACCCUGAAAACAGAGCAAAACUAAUUCACAAGUAAAUUACCAAAGACCGUAUUGUCUUGCUUAUGCUGCCAACUGCCAAUGAAGAUGAAUUGAGAGAACACACACACAUUUGCCCCCAAGCUAGCGAGAUAGGAGAUGUACCUCAUGUUACGAAGAGCUCACCCCUAUUGUCAGACACCUGUAAGAUGUGGCAUUUGAACUUUUUCUGUGACUUUGGGUACAUGGUAGGCAGUAGGAAAACGGGGGAGGUGUGUGCAUUUAUCGUGUACAUUGAGAGAGAGAAAAAAAAAGAAAACUAAACGAGCUUCAGAGCCCCUGUCUCUACUCUCCCUCUGGUUGUGGUGUAUCCCCUUGGCCUGAUGCUCUCCACGACCAAUAAUAGCACAACUGUUCCUUUUUUGUCUGUCUCUGUAAUGCUGACAAGAAAACAAAUUAUGGACGAAAAGCUUCUGAAGUAUAGCUGUUAGAAAAUACUGUUAAAAAAAAUAACAAAAAAAUCUACCGUAUAUUGUGUGGUGUUGUAGUGUGGGGGUGUACCUUGGGGAAAGGGGGGUCCUAUGUUAUCUGGUAGGGAAAAAAAUAAAAGCAAAUAUAUAUUUAAAAUCUAAUGGAGAUGAAACACCAGUGAGAAAUGAAAUAAACCAAAUUAAGACAAACCCCCUAAUAAAGAGACAAGCAGAUAUCAGGCCAUCUGCAGUCCUGGUCCAAACAAUGUGAGGGGGUGGGUGUAAUUUAAGACCAUUUUAUGGGGGUAGGACUUCAACAUAAUGGACAAAUCAUUUGAGGCAAAUUUAUAGAGUGCUCAACAAAUUUUAAAGGUCAUAAAAAGAAGACUAAUAAAACUUGAUGUAUGUGUAUUUUUAUUUAUUUAUUUAUUAUUUUAUGUUUUUCUUGUGGGAGUGGGCUGUUGCAUCUUUUGAUGUAUCAUUUUAUUUUCCUUUACUGAAGGUUUUAAAUGGGUGGAGGGGAAUAGUUAACUAGGAUCAUUUUCAAAUGCCAACUUUUAAGACCUGCUCAAUGUUUUCGAAUUAGGAGGGAACCUAAGAAGACUUAGAGCUCUUAUGGGUUGGCUGUAGAUUCAAAAAUGAUCUUCUUGUCAAGAACUUUACUUUUGGAUUGAACCAUUGUGUACUUUACUUCAAAGAAAAAUUAGCUAUGGCUUAAGAGUGUCGCAAAAUGGCACAAUCUUGUGUUUGGUUGGGGGAAGGGGAUAGCUGUUUUUAUUAUUAUUAUUAUUAUUAUUAUUAUUAUUCAGUUAAGUUGGAGUACCUGAAAUGAGACAAUGUAAUAAACAAAAAAAGCAAAGCCCAACCAUUCAAAGGUCAGAGUGUCGGAACAUUUUGGAGUGUUGUCGUCUGCCCUAUCACAUUGUUACUGUCAUUUUUAAGUAAGUGAGUUUGAACAGUGGAAAACUGAGAGUAAUAAUGCCUAUAGUGGAGGACAGAGGACAGUUGAUUGAAGCUGGGAAAGAGGCAGGCGGAACUCUUCCACAUCCUGGGUAUCUAUCAUGCUGAGCAAUGUCCAGAAUGUCAAGGAAGGCAUUGAACUGAGAGCCAUAUUUGCUGUAUUGAUGUAACGAUGUUUCGAUUUUGUUUUUGUUUUGUUUUGUUUUUUUCUUCAUUUCAGUUAGGGGGGAAUACACAGGCAAAGUUCUUAAGGCCAACAUUACGCUUGUUCAUCUCGCCUUAUAGGAGGGACGAGGUGGGAUGGCCACUUGUAAUGUUAUCCUCCUUUAUAUGCAUUAAUUUAUUUGCAUAUUUAUUGUGUCUUCGUUUCCAAUGGAUUGACAGAAUGGAUUACAAUGAGACAGAUGACCAUUUGAGAACCAGACAUACAUAAACCAGUUGUAGAGUAAACCUGUCAAUGUCUUAUUAUAUUGAUGAACAUCAUGGGAAAUAUAUAUAAAUAUAUAUAUAUUGGAAAAAUUAAUAAUUAUAAUGACCUGUGUUUAUUGUUCGGAGUUAGAAAAUCAAAAUGUGUGUGUGUUUGAAAACAAUGACAUUAAAAUAAACAAAA